UAUUUUUAGUGGAAUGACAUGCCGUAAACAUCUCAUUCUACGAAGAAUUGCAUGGUUAGUUAUGAAUGAAGUGUUCACCUUGACAAGGAAGGAAAUAAAAUCAAUCCGUUGAGCUGAUUUACAAAUUAAAUAUGUCCGCGAGGAGACGACCUUUGCCCCCAGUACCAGGAGAUGACGGAUACGAGGUUCCGGUAACCAGAGGGUAUUCACCAAACACAGAAGGUAACCAGUAUGAAUCCAUUCCAGAUCACGUAAAUGCAAGAAAGAUUGUCCUAAAAAAAUUACCAAGGGAUGUUUCGAUGGAUACCAUUGAAAUGUUCUUUGAAAGCAAGAGGCGAAUGGGACGAUCUAUGGAAGUCAGAGAUGUUGAUCUUGAUUCGGACAAAGGUGAAGCAGUGGUAACGUUUGCAUCUUCUCAAGAUGUUCAGUACGUACUAGAACGACACAAGACCUGUCCAUGUGAAUUACAGAAGCAAAUAUUGGAGGUUGAACUACUGGAUCAACCGGAAGAAGACACUGUUGAUUAUGGUGCUAGCAAGAGAAGUUCUCAGAAUUAUUCUGAUAUGUAUGAACAAGGCUCGCCUCCCUGUGAUGAGGAGACAGACACUAUAGAAGUUCGAAAUUUCUCCAACAAAUGCAGCAAAGACACACUUUACUUCUACUUUGAAAAUACAAGACGUUCUGGUGGCGGUGAUAUUUUGUCUCAUCAUCUUAACAGAGACAAAGGUUAUUCACACAUUCAAUUUAAAGACAAGUCAGUCGUUAAAAGAGUUAUAGAAAAGGGAAAACACAUAGUAGAAAGAAGUGAGCUAAGCGUUGUUCCGUUCAUUAUCAGUAAAACUGAUCUGUUGCUAGACGAAGUUCCAAACAACGUAACUGAGGAAAACGUGUCACUGUUUGUAGAAGCAAAGCUUAGAAACACAGUUUUAUCUGUAGCAUUUAAUGAUGACAGGACGAAAGUUUUGGUACAAUUACAAAAUCCAUUUGAUUUCAAGAAAGCGUCGGAAAUGUGUUCGAAAUAUCAAUUAGGUGGUGUAAAUGUUUUGCCUAUGCAAGUACCUGUUUCCUCUGGCAUAGUAGUCACAAAUCUUCCAGAGGAUGUUACACAUGAUUCUGUUGAGAUGUAUUUUGAAAACACACGUCGGAGUCAAGGAGGUCCAAUACAGAAGGUUGAACUUCAUUUAGAAGAUGGAUAUUGUCUUGUGUUUUUCAUAGACGCUAAAGUUGUAAGAAGUGUUUGCCAGAAGAAUGAUCAUAAAAUUCAUAGCCAGCAUGUUGAAGUGAAACCUUACAAUGAAUUAUUAGGUCUUUCUCCAGAAAUGGAAGGCUUAGCACCCCAGUUGCCUGAGCCAUUAUCUUUAAAUGAUGAAAAUCCCCAUAAACUGAGAUUUUUGAAAGUUAAUAAAGCCCGGAGAUCAAAACUUGAAAAGAAACUAGGACACUGCAAUGCGCGUAUAUUCCUCGAUGAUAACCCUGUCACGAUUGAGUGUACUCUUACAAAGCAUGACAGACCUUCUAAAAAGUCCAUUGUAAAUUGGCCAGAGAUGGCAAUGGAGUGUGUAAAGCAAUUUACAGAUGACCUAGACGUGAUAGAGAAAGCAGUGGAUGUUAAGCUGUGGGGCGCUAUUCUAAAUGAACUGAACAACCUUCAUUUUUCUAGUCCUGAUGACGUAGCGCUAAUUACAGAAAAAGACCGUGGUCGAAUUAUUUUUGUUGCUCAUAAUGAUGUAGCUUCUGAGUGGAAGAAAAUUGAAAAUGAAAUUGAUUCUGUGGAAAAGAAAGAAAAAGAGAAAAAAGAAACUGCUACUGAGGAAAAGGUGCUGGACAGAUGGAAAAUAACUUAUUUAAAGGCUUCCAAUUUUGAGGAGGACAUGAAACGUGCCUAUAAAAAUGUUCAGAUUAAAUACGAUAAGAAGAAAGACAAGGGCAAAAUUAUCAUAUCAGGGCCUAAAGGCAUAAUUACAAAAGUGCUAUUAGAUAUGUUUGAAAGUAUAGAAAAUGUUAAAAAUAGAGAUGUGGAACUUGAAACUGAAGAAAUAAAACUUUUGCAGAACGAUGCAACUCGUGAAAAAGUGAAAAAGCAAAUGAAGAAAAAGCAUGUGUCGGAUGUAUGGGAAGCAAAGCAAGAUAAAGUGGUUUUGUAUGCAAACAAUGAUGAUGAUUUAGCUAAGAUGGAAACAGUCAUAAAAAGUACCUUAGCAAAAUUCACAAUUAAUCUUGAUUCUGGCACAGAGACAGUUUUGAAAUCCGACAAAUGGAAAGCCAUUGAAAAAUCAUUACGAGACAGAUUUUCAGGAUGCUUGGAAAUAAGCGUUCAAGCUAACUUGCUCAACAUCUUUACGCUGGCUGACAUACAAGAUAAAGUAUCCGAUGAGCUUCAGAACUUCCUGUCAAAAAACGCAACAUAUAAGGAACAAAUGUCUCUUCCACCACAUGUCAUUGCAUGUUUUAAACAUGUUAUUAAAUCCAGUUAUGAAAAGGAUAUGCAGUCCCUGAAAGAAAAAGGCCUAAAUAUGAAAAUUGUUUUAAAUGAAAAGAGCGGAGCGGUAUUAAUUGAAGGCACAUCUGAAGAAGUGAACGAAGCUAAGAGGACGAUUAAACGUCUGCAAGACAAAAUUGAAGUCAAACAACAUAAAAUCAGUCAGCCAAAGGUCAAGAAAUAUUUUGACUGUAGGCAUGGGAAAGAUUGUGUAAAGAAUGUAGAAAACAACAUACCAUGUGUUAUAGAUAUGCAAGGAUCAGCUUUUAAAAAAAGUUUACAUCUUCAUCAAGGGUCCAAUUUGGUAAAGUUUGACAAACCUACCACCUGUGCAGAAGCCGUUUUUGGAUCUGGAAUCAAAGUACAUGUAGUUGGUGGGGAUAUAACUGAGUUGCAAGUUGAUGUUCUUGUGAAUGCUGCUAAUUCUGAAAUGAAACAUGCCGGAGGUCUGGCGGCUGUAAUAGUCAAUAAAGGGGGACGUGGCAUCCAAGAUGAAUGUGAUGAUUUUAUAAGGAAUAAUAGGUCUUUACCAGACGGUGAAGUCUUCGUGAGCAUGGGUGGAAAUUUAAAGUGUAAGUAUGUUGUCCAUGCUGUGGGACCUCAUUGGCGAGGCGGUAAAAAUGGAGAAGAGUCCUGUCUUCAGAAAGCCGUUUUUGCUUGUCUAGAAGAGACUGAGAAGAAAAGGUUAUCGUCAAUAGCUCUACCAGCUCUAAGUGCCGGGAUGUUUCAAUAUCCAGUGCAUAUGUCCUGUAUGGCAAUUGUUAAAGCAAUUGAUCAACAUUUUCAGGGAUCAAAGUCCUGCAUAAAGGAAGUUUAUCUAUGUGAUAUCAGCAAAAGCACAGUAUGCGCAUUCACAAACGCCCUGCAAGUUGUGGCUCCAAGUCUAAAUGUCCUGGUGGACCUCCGACAAGGAGAUGGACAGCCACAAAAAUGGUUAAUUAACAAUGACAGUGAUAAAGCUGGUGCACGGUCAACAGAAUCAUGUAACAAUAUCAAUAUUGAAGUGGUGAAAGGAGAGCUUGUCAAAGAACAAGUAGAUGUGAUCGUAAAUUCUACAUCCCCUGAUCUACAGCUACAACGGGGAGUGUUGUCAAAAGCUAUUCUGAAGGCUGGUGGAAAAAGAAUACAGGACGAAUGUGAUAGAAAUUAUCCCGAUGGUAUAAAAGUAGGGGAUGUAGCCGUAACUACAGCCGGACAUAUGCAGUGCUCUAACAUUUACCACAUUUCAAUAAAACAUUUUGAUAGCAAAUCACCACGAUUUUGUUUACAGGGUGUAAACGAAUGUGUGACCGCCUGUUUAGUGGAGGCCGACAAGCAGGGAUUCACGUCUAUCUCAUUUCCUGCAAUGGGUACCGGAGCACAGAAGUAUCCAAAGGAUAAAGUUGCCAGAGAAAUGUUUAAAGCAGUCUCCGACUUCGGCAGUCAAAAUCCUUCUUCAAAUGUUAACAACGUUAGAUUUGUUAUAUACACUCAAGAUGACGAUACCUUCGAGACAUUUGUCACUGAAGAGAAGAAUUGGAAAUCUGAUGAUCGUCAAGGACGACCAUUUUCUAGUCGUAAACAAAGUACCAAGUCUGCUAUAGGGAAGCUUGUCAAUGAGUCCCGAGGUAGAGCAGAAUUUCAAAUAGGUCAUAUUAAGAUCGUCAUCCGUGAUGGUGACAUCACUGAGGAUGGCUCGGAAGCAAUUGUAGCAAGCUGUAACAUGGACCUUGACCUUUCUAAAGGAGCAGUGACAAAGGCUAUUUUGAAAAAAGGAGGUGAUGCAAUAGCACAGGACUGUAAACAACAAAAAUCAACAAUGAAAAAUGAAGGAGUCGCAGUGACAACGGCAGGAAAGCUGAAAGCCAAAUAUAUAAUUCACGUGGACACAAAAUAUAAGACACGCGACUGGCCACCAGUUGUUCUUGCUUGUUUAAAAAAGGCGGAGAAACACAAGUUUUCAAGUGUUGCAUUUCCAGCUUUAGGAACAAGCGUUGGAUGUAAACCUGAAGAUAUUGCAGAAGUGAUAGCUAUGGCAAUAAACGACUUCCAGAAAGAUAAUCCAAGACAUCUGCAGAAAAUCAAACUCAUCAUUUUUCAGAAUGACAUGUUGACAGAUUUCAUAACAGGAAUGAAAAGAGCAAUUGUUGGAGGCCGCCCGCAGAGUGCACAAGGAACUUCACAAGAUAAGCAAGCAGGUCAUAACCGUAAGUCAGGUCAUAGACACCAUAAAUCAGAUCAGCAAGAUAGCGAACAUGAUACUUCCGAUGAUUCUUGUACUGUUACUGUGUACGCUGAAAGUAAGGAAAAGAUUGACAAGGCCGUAAGAUUGUUAGAGCGAACAGUUAAAGACGAAUGGGUUGUUAAAACCAUUGAAGACCAGGGUAUCCAUAGACUUACAGGCAAACAUAUAAAGGAGAUUAAAACAAUGGCAACGAACAGUCAUGUAGACGUACAUAUUGACAGCGACGUUGGAAACAUUUUGGUCACUGGGCUUGUUGCAAACGUUGUAGAUGUUUUAGAUUCCAUACAUAAACAGCUUCGAUCUGCAGAUUCAUCAUUCUACAUGAAAGGUCAAGCUAAACUGAUGUCUAGCAUGGUCAAAUGGAUCUAUCUUAAAGAUCAGAAAGAGUUUCCGUUUAAUGAUCGUGUAAAUUUGGAAGUAGAAACCGCAUAUAAGAAGAAAGAAAAGACAGUUAAGAUCAAAGACUUUUCAGGUGGCGAAUACGUUAUUGAUUUUGGAACGAUGAAGGAACAUGAUGUGAAAAAACCUAACGAACAGUUCCCAGUUAUAAGACGAGAUCUUAUUGCAGGUGCUAGUUUUGAUAUACCAAAGAACUGGCGUUCAAUGAACGAUAAAGAAAAUCUGAAACUUGUGACGUUGAAUCAGCAAGAUCCUGAAUAUCAAAAGGUGUUAAAUGAGUUUACGAAAACAUUAGGGAGACAACCAUCCAUUGUCAAGAUUGAGAGAAUACAAAACAAAACACUGUAUACUCAAUAUGCGGCCAAACGUAAAGAAUUGAACAACAACAACAAAUCAAAUAAUGAAAAUGUAUUAUGGCACGGUACUGCGGAUUAUGCAGUUGCAAGUAUCAAUUCACAUGGGUUCAACAGAAGCUAUUGUGGCAAGAAUGCAACUGCUAUAGGUCAAGGUGUAUACUUUGCUGUGCAAUCACAAUACUCGGACCAGGGCACAUACUCACCUGUAGGAAACGAUGGAAAUAAAAGAAUGUACAGAUGCUUGGUACUGACGGGAAAAUAUUGUGCCGGGAGCAGCGAUAUGCGAGUUCCUCCACCAAUUGACAAAUCAAAGCCACAUAUUCUCUAUGAUUCAGUUGUCAAUAACACUAACAGCCCAAUAAUGUUUGUGGUAUUCAACGAUACACAGGCAUAUCCCGAACACAUUAUAACAUAUAAAUAGACACGUUACUUUAUGUAAGUCAUGUAUACUCUUACGGAAAUUUGUGGUGCAUAAUGCCUUUUUUUUGAUAAUUUCAUUCUUAUAGAUAUUGAACUGUUUCAUGACAUUGUCUUCUUUACUAGGGUGCAUUUUAUUAUCAUGUUCAUCAUAAUGCUCAUCAUUAUCACCAUUAUUGUUACCUGUUAGCGUGCGCUGUCUAGAUGUUAUCACCAGGAACAUGUGUUAAAUUCUGUCUAAAAGCAGAAAAACAAUGAAAAUAGUAUGUGUUAUUGAUUAUAGUUAGUUAGAUGUAAAAUUAUUGUUACCAUUUUUCUAAAUGUAAUGACAAAAUGUGCAUUCAAAGUCAAAUACAUGUAUCAUCUUCAGGACUUGAUUAAAAAAGCCGCUGAUAACUGAUUUUUAGGAUAAAAAACACUGAUGAGCGAAAAUACUAAGGGGUCCUUUUAUUUUGAGUUAGAUUAUAUACAAGGUUAUUUAUUUCGUUAAUUUUAUAUGUGUCACCCCAAAAAUAUGCGGCAAGCGGUGAUGAUGAUAAUGUACAUGUACAUUAAUAUUUUUGUAUCAAAAUUUAUGUACCAGUUUAUAGUGUUGUUAUAGUCCUUGGGAUAAUUCAUUCUAGCAUAUCAAGCUUUGAAGAAUGAAUACCGCAACAGUACUGUUUCACUUUUUUAUUAUCCCUCAUGAACGGGCUCAAUCAAGGAAAGUCUGUACUUUUUAUGUAAUUUCUUUGUUCUCAUUACUUCUACAUGAUCUACCCACUUGCCAGAUUUUUAACUUUAAUUUUUUUCAAUUAUGUAAUUGUUUUCAUCUGUUUUAGACUGUGUGAAACUGUCGUAUAAUCUGGUGUAAAUUUACUGUAGCCUAUAUGUUAUUAGACAAAGUGGUGUAAACAAUAUUAAACUAAAGUUGUUGAAUCAAUAAAAGUUUACUGAAUCCUUAAUGUGAAAUUGAUCAACUAUUUUACUAUUUCUUUACAUUACAUACUAGAUUUUACAUUUUGACUUAAAUUAUGAAUAAAUCAAGUAGAAAAAAUUAGAUUUUGAGCUGUGUUAUGAAUAACACAAUAUUUACCAUAUUAGCUUUAGUUAUAUCAAAAAGUUAUUACAAUAUACACCACUUUGAGAAUAAAUCAACAGCUUUAUAGUUGAUUUUGUAUAAAGCAAUGCUUUACAAGAUGAUUGUUUAUAUGAACAUUUUACACACAUAUAGCCGUUGCUAUGACUGUUUUCUUCAUUUUAAAUGUAGUAGUGUAUACUUCUUUGAAUGUAUCUUUAAUUCAUGCAGCUCACCUUUAGAAUCAUGCUUUAUCAUAUAAUAAUAUUAGAAAAUGCAGUAAAUAUUAAAGAGAAAUGUGAACAGUGUUUUAAAAAACAACAUGUUGUUUCUGGGAAAAAAUGAAAGAAAAAUGUUAUAAUUUAUUAUUAAAACGACCUGGAUAAUAGAAAGACGGACCCACUCUUUUUGAGAAUGGAGUGUUACUAAUUUUUUUUUCUGUGCAAUAUUUGUAGAAAUUUCCAUUGGAUUAAUUAUUAUUUUUUCAUAGUAAAAAUUUCAUUGAAUACAAUUAAGAAAAAUAUUUAAUCAAACACAAUUAUCAUGGCAAAAUGUUAUUUUGAUUUUAUAACGUGCACUGACUAUUUGCACUAUCACUGUGAGAUAGGAUGUAAUCUAAGGUACUUGCACAAUUGAUUUAUUUAAGGUUCAAAUGAGAACCAUCUUACCGCAACACUGCUGGACUUAAAGUGUAAAUUUAAAGUGUAACUUAAAUGUGUAUUCAUUUGUAUAUCAUGCCAAUAAGAUAAUAGAAUGUUACAGCAUAAUAAAUUUAUACUAUACUGUUGAAAUGACUUUUGUAUAUAUCACACUAUUGUCUCGACUGAAAUUGCCGUUAUUCUUUCUUUAAAUAAAAUCAAGUCGAUACUUAUUAUUG